AUGGCCGGUUCCAAGUCGAACCCCCCGAGGGCGAGGAAGAGGGUGGAGGUAGAUAACAACACGCUGAAGCGCGCCAAGGACGGCAGUGCUUUCACCAAAUGGUACGCAUCUAUGGAACUGUCCUCUCUCUCCGUGAUCGUUGGACGGUUUUCGUGCGUUAUCGAGUAGAUGCAUCAUCCCAAUGUGGUGCAGACUUUUUCGUUUGUUGAAUGUAUUUUUUCGUUAAUGGCUUUGUUUUUGUGGAUCCAGUGGGGCUUGUGGAAAGGAUGUGCCGGUGGGGCUCAUUGACAUGCAUAGUUGCAGCCUGGAUUCUAAGAUCAGGAUGAGCUUAGGUAUGGAUUUGUCGCUUAUUCAAUCGUUUCUUACUUGGUUGAUUAUCUAUCUAGGUUCAUAGAAUUAUUUCCGCUUGUUUGUUUCUUUGCUGUAUGUAAAAAUCUGGAUCGGUAAUGGCGGUUACUAUGCAUAUCAUGUGCAAUCACAGAAGCUCAGGUUGUGGAAAAUGUCGCGGAGGUCAAGAAGCCGCCUGAGAAGUAAGCUUUAUUCGAUACUGGUUUCAUUCCUUCCAAGCGUGUGUUAUUGUGAUUUUAUAUUUGUGACGUUAAUGUGUUUUGAGCUCAAUAAUUUAAUGGGAUAUCUCAUACAAAUUGUCGAAUGCAGGAAGAGAGCUGCAUCUGCUAUUCCCAAGGACGAAGGAAAGAGAAAGAAAGAGAAGAAAGUAAAAUAUUCAAGCAAGCCUAAACGCCCCCCGACAGCCUUCUUUCUCUUUAUGUAAUGUCUGACGCCCUCAUCCUGUGCGUUGCGAAAUCGUCACGUCUUAUUCAUAUCUUCUGAGCAAUCCACGACUUUUGGAUGCAGGGAUGACUUUAGGAAGACCUUCAAAUCGGCAAACCCUGAUUGCAAGAGUGUUUCAUUUGUAUGACGUUCUAACCUACGUCUGUCCCGUCUUUAUCUUCACUAGAUACUCUUUUGUCCACUGCUGACUUUUGAUGGAUUACGUAAACUAAUAGGUCGCCAAGGAAGGUGGCGAAAAAUGGAAGUCGAUGACAGAUGAAGUGAGUGUUUUUAUUCACAGAUUACGUACGAUCUCGGAAUACAAUCUCAUUAUCUCGUUGAGAUGCCUAGUAAUGCAAUAAUUUAUUACUUAUUUGGGGGAGCAGGAGAAGAAGCCGUAUGUCGAUAGAGCGGCGGAACUUAAAGUAGAAUAUGGGAACUCUAUUGGGAAACAGAGUGCCGGUGAUGAGGUCCGUUAUUUGUUUAACUUCAUCCGCCCCAUUAUCGCCAUCUUAGCAACUUUCCUAACAUUGUAUUUACUUUUUUCUUCUUUCUCCGUGGCAUCUGGUGGGCUCAGGAAGUUGCUGCUUCCGGGAAGGAAGAAGAGAAAGAAGAGGCUGCAGACGAAGAGUGA